AUGGCUCUAGAGUUUGGUGUGCAGCAGCCUAAAUUCUGGAGUCAUUGGGUUGCUUGUUCUAUUCUCUUUGUUCGUGACAUUUUCCUCUGUGUACUUUGUUCAGAUAGUGAUGACUGUAAUGGAAAUGGGAAGAAGAAGAAAAUACUGCAGUUUCUACCUGAACGAAUUUUCUUUCGAUGGCAUUACCAGAGUAUAGGUUCAACUUUAAAGAAGCUUCUACACACUGGAAAUUCUAUGAAGAUAAGAUGUGAAGGAAUCAGGCUGUUUCUUUUGUGGCUUCAAGCACUUCAGACAAACUGUGCAGAAGAGCAGGUGCUGAUUUUUGCUUGCCUUGUGCCUGGUUUCCCAGCGGUCUUGUCAUCCAGGGGGCCCUGCACAUUGGAGACACUCAUCAAUCCAAGCCCUAGUGUAGUUGAUGCAAAGAUAUAUCCAGAAGAAAUAACUCCACUCCUACCAGCCAUAUCAGGGGAGAAGAUCACUGAGGACCAAACCUGCUUUUUUCUUCAAAUACUGCUGAAGUAUAUGGUUAUUCAGACCGUUGGUGGUGGUACAGUGCAAGAAAGGGUACCAGAGCUGGAUGGCGGUGGAUCCACAGAGCAGGAGAAGAACCAUUCUAACAGUAGCACCUUGUCUGACCGAAGACUCAGCAACUCCAGCCUUUGUAGCAUUGAAGAAGAACACCGAACAGUGUAUGAGAUGGUGCAACGGAUUCUUUUGUCAACACGAGGUUAUGUCAAUUUUGUGAAUGAAAUAUUUCGACAGGCAUUCUUGUUGCCUUCCUGUGAGAUUGCUGUAACAAGAAAAGUAGUUCAAGUGUACAGAAAGUGGAUCCUCCAAGACAAACCUGUGUUCAUGGAGGAACCAGAUAAAAAAGAUACUGCCCAAGAAGAUGCUGAAAAAUUGGGAUUUUCAGAAACUGAUAACAAGGAGGCCUCAUCUGAAAGAUCAGGUCAUAAGCGAUCUUCUAGUUGGGGACGCACAUACUCCUUCACAAGUGCCAUGAACAGAGGGUGUGUGACAGAGGAGGACAAUGCAAAUGUGAAAGCCGGGGUCCAGGCUAUGCUACAGGUCUUUCUAACAAAUGCUGCAAAUGUCUUUUUGCUGGAACCAUGUGCUGAAGUUCCCAUGCUCUUGAAGGAACAAGUUGAUGCCUGUAAAGCUGUUUUGAUUAUUUUUAGGCGCAUGAUAAUGGAGCUUACAAUGAAUAAAAAAACAUGGGAGCAGAUGUUGCAAAUACUACUCAGGAUAACAGAAGCUGUCAUGCAGAAGCCAAAGGAUAAACAAAUAAAGGACUUGUUUGCCCAGAGCUUGGCAGGGUUACUAUUUAGGACGCUCAUUGUGGCUUGGAUACGAGCAAACCUCUGUGUGUACAUUUCUCGGGAGCUCUGGGAUGACUUUCUUGGUGUGCUGUCUUCCCUCACGGAAUGGGAGGAACUCAUCAAUGAGUGGGCCAACAUCAUGGACUCCUUGACAGCAGUGCUUGCAAGAACCGUUUAUGGAGUUGAGAUGACAAACCUACCUCUGGAUAAAUUAAGUGAACAAAAAGAAAAGAAGCAACGAGGCAAAGGCUGUGUUCUAGAUUCUCAGAAAGGGACCACUGUGGGGAGAUCCUUUUCUCUCAGCUGGAGGAGCCACCCGGAUGUGACCGAGCCAAUGCGAUUCAGGAGUGCUACCACAUCUGGAGCCCCAGGAGUUGAGAAGGCAAGAAAUAUUGUUCGCCAAAAAGCAACUGCUAAGCGAAGCCAGUCUAUCAGCAACUGUGUCCACCUUUCUGAGGCUUUGCCUGCCACUAAAAGCGUCCCGCUCCUUCUUCACACCAUGAGCGCUCUCUUACCUGGUCUUUCUUACUCCUCUUGCUCUCACAGGCUGUCAGAAGUGGAGGAAUGUCAACAAUCAGAAAAUGCACCUGCAUUGGAAUCUGAUCAUCUCGUGGUGGGACAGCAUCAGGUCCUCCGAAGUAGCAGCACAUCUGACAUCACUGAGCCGCUGUGCUCAGAUUCUUCUCAGGGUACAUGGUGUCUUCAGUUAUUGAUUUAUAAAUUUUGGCUGGGCCUGGGGAAGGUUGCAGAUGGUAUUGCUUUCUACAUUUAUUCUAAAUAUAUUUAUUGA